AUGUUGAAGGGGCCACUCGACACCCCGGGAGCAAUUGACCGCCUGCGAGUCGGUGAGCCAGAAAUUGGUGUCGUGGAGUCCAUUCCGAACCUGUCAGGGCACAUAAGAUCAGUCGCUCCGAGGUUCGAAAGAUUUUCGGUCGCGGCCGCCGCCUACGUCCAGGGCCUCGACUUUGAGAAUAAAGCGCUGCGCCGUCUCCUCGUUGACAAAGCCGUUGAGCCGGCUGUGGAUCAGACGGUUCAGGUGAACGAGUCACUGACUCACACAGCGAUGAAGCUUGUUGAGUGAUGGGCGUCGCAGGGUGUUUGGUUCCUCUGAAACCGCGGUGCGCAGUACUACAA